AUGAUCUUUCUGCGAACCGACACCGUUGAGCUUACGAAGCACAUAAGCGAAUAUGAUCCGCCCCCCUACGCAGUCCUAUCUCAUACGUGGGGUCCAGAGGAGGUGAUGUAUGAAGACCUCGUGGGUGAUCGAUCAAAGGCAGUUGCCAAGGCAGGGUUUACGAAGAUACGUGAGGCAUGUCGCAUUGCAUUCGAGGAAUAUCACCUCGAGUACCUUUGGACCGACACGUGCUGCACCGACCGAAAGAACGAGGCUGAGCUCAAUGCAUCCAUCAAUUCCAGCUUUCGAAGAUUUAGAUCGGCGGCCCUUUGCAUUGCCUACCUGUCUGACUUCGACUAUGACCCUUCGAGCGCGCAUCCCACAGUGGACAAUUCUCAGCUGCCAGGUAUCUAUCAGAUGUUGAGACAGAGCAGAUGGUUUACACGAUCCUGGACUAUCCAAGAACUGAUAGCUCCUGUGCGGCUUCUCUUCUACUCGCGUCAGUGGGAACUUUUUCAAGAGCGUUCUCCGCUGGUGCAGUUGUUGUACAUCAUCACCGACAUCGAUCCGUACGCUUUAGUCGGCGGUGACCCUGCCAAGAUACCUGUCGCCCGCCGAAUGUAUUGGGCUGCAAGCCGUAACGCAACGAGACUCGAAGACCUAGCAUACUCGCUGCAUGGUUUGUUUGAUGUGGAGGUUGCGCCCAACUACGGGGAGGGCGACACAAACGCAUUCAUACGUCUCCAAGAAGCCAUCUUGGAGAAAGCUAAGGACCCUACCAUAUUUGCUUGGAGAGAUGACUGGUCUGAGGAAUAUUUCACAUGGGAGAAAUGCGAAGAGUUAAUCCAUUCAGGUCGACUUAGGGACUACUAG